AUCGAACAAAUAGACCACUAUGGACAGAUCGAACAAGUAGACCAUCAUGGACAGCUCAAACAAGUAGACCAUCAUGGACAGAUCGAACAAGUAGACCACUAUGGACAGCUCAAACAAGUAGACCACUAUGGAUAGAUCAAACAAGUAGACCACUAUGGAUAGAUCAAACAAGUAGACCACUAUGGAAAGAUCAAACAAGUAGACCACUAUGGAAAGAUCAAACAAGUAGACCACUAUGGAAAGAUCAAACAAGUAGACCACUAUGGAAAGAUCAAACAAGUAGACCACUAUGGAAAGAUCAAACAA